AUUAUACCCCUUAUUUACAUCCCUCUCUCUUUCUCUAACCAUAAAUGCUUCUUCUUCUACUUGUCUCUGUGUUUCUUAUCAUAGACUCUUGUUAUUUUCCUAGACCCAGCCUCUCUCUUUUGAUUUCAAAGUCUUCAAACUUUCUCUAGACUCACAUGAAAGUUUCUACUGUAUGGUGAUAACUCCCGACUUCCAAAACCAGCAUGUUCACUACUUACAAUCCCACCCUUCUUCUCCUUCUCCUUGUUUUCAUCUCUCCACAAGUCUCAUCCUCUCUUCAACCUGUCCAGCUUCCAAGUUCUUCUCAAGUAGCUUUAGUAGAAGUUAAAGCGAGGCUAGGUUCUAGACCACCAAGCUGCCACAACAAAUGCAAUAGCUGCCAUCCUUGCAUGCCCACUCAAGUUCCCACUCUCCCUGGUCGCACCCGAGUUGACCCGUUUGCCGGUGGAUUUGUACGGCCUCCUUCCUCACUAACCACCGUUCUUGGUCAAUAUUCUAACUACAAACCCAUGGACUGGAAAUGCCACUGCAAUGGUCAUUUUUAUAACCCUUAAAUCUCCAUCAUCCUCUGGUUUUGUUAUUUUUUUAGUUACUUAAAAUUGAUUUUGAAUUAUUGAGAGUAGAAAUGUCCUUUGGAUUCUUUGUAAAUCUAAGGCUCAGUUUGUAUAUUAUCAAAAGUUCUUGAUAAUUGCCUUUGCAGAGAGAUGUAAUUGCGGCAUUCAUAUCUUUCAACAUUUUUUGGUUUUUUUUUUCAAUUGAAUUUACUAAUAUAAAGUCUGUCUUCUUGAUUC